AAGGCAUCUCUUUCCCUGUUUCUGAGAUUUUCUUCGGCUUUUUCGUCUGCCUCUGUGUCAAUCUUAUCUCAGAUCUCGAAGAAAGUUUCCUCAUCGAUUCAAAGUUUGUGUGUUUCGAUGGGUUCUUCGUCGGGCCAACCAGAAUUUGAUUACUUGUUCAAAGUCUUAUUGAUCGGAGAUUCUGGUGUUGGGAAAAGCUCUCUCUUGUUGAGUUUCACAUCUAAUACCUUUGAUGAUCUUUCUCCCACUAUCGGUGUGGAUUUUAAGGUUAAGUAUCUUACCAUUGGAGAGAAGAAACUGAAGCUUGCCAUUUGGGAUACAGCUGGGCAAGAGAGGUUUAGGACGCUAACAAGUUCAUAUUACAGAGGAGCUCAGGGCAUAAUAAUGGUAUAUGAUGUGACACGACGAGACACAUUCACAAAUCUAUCAGAUAUAUGGGCCAAGGAAAUCGACCUGUACUCGACUAAUCAGGAUUGCAUCAAGAUGCUUGUUGGGAACAAAGUCGACAAGGAGAGUGAAAGAGCCGUCUCUAAAAAAGAAGGCAUAGACUUUGCUCGGGAGUACGGUUGUUUGUUUCUGGAGUGUAGUGCAAAGACUCGAGUCAAUGUUGAGCAAUGUUUCGAAGAGCUUGUUCUUAAGAUUUUGGAAACGCCUAGUCUUACCGCUGAAGGUUCGUCUGGAGGGAAGAACAUUUUUAAACAAAACCCAGCACAAACAAGCAGAACUUCAUCGAGCUACUGUUGCUCUUCUUAGACACGGCUUUAUGGUUUAUAUAAAAGUACACUCUUGCUUGUCUUCUUGUUCUCGGUUUCUGCUUCCCAAAAAUUAUACUGCAACAUCUUCGAUGUAAAAAUCUUAACCCUAAUUUCAAAGUUGCGUUCCCUGGUUUUCUAGUC